AUGAACACAAUACUUGCUUCUUUACCUUCCACUCUGCCCGGAUCACUCCAAGCGCUGGUAGCUGCACUGAAAAGCAAUGUCAUGUCUUCAUUAUUCAGCAGCAUACCUAAGCCGAUCAAAUACCUCAUAAUCGCUACAUUCAUCCUGCACUCACCCUCGUGGCCAUUCACAUGGCAUUUUCGGAUCAUCUCGUCUGCACUGAAACUGAAACUCAAGGAAAUCAGAAUGGGGAGAUUGAACUAUAUCAACGACUGGAAGAGGGAACUGGACAGGGUAGGCGGAAUGAAGAAUCUGAGAUACAGAUAUGAGAGAUUGGCGUGGUUUGAUGAUUGUGAUUAUAGAUUACAUCUAAGUAACUCUGCCUACGCUAAAAACUGCGAUCCCGCUGAACUGUAUUUCGGUAUGAACAUGUUCGCUCCUGCUCUCACGACGGGCUGUUUCUUGGCCCUGGGAGCGAGGCAUUUCAAUUACUUCAAGGAAAUUCCCGUAGGAGCAAAAUACGUGAUUGAGACGAGGUGUGGAGGAUGGGACGAAAAGUGGUUAUACAUGGUAUCUGAAUUUAUCAUCUACCCCAAGAAGCGAUCUACCAAAGGUAGAUCCAAACCUAUAUCAAAUGGUACGACUCCAAUUAGCGGUACUUCCACACCCACCGUCAAUGGUAACGGUGGUAAUAUAGCUAAAAGUAAAUUAGAAGAAAUCAAGAAAUCAUGGGUAUCAAGAAGGACUCAUAGGGAUGAUGGAGGUGUGGUAUGUUGUUUGUCAGUCAGUGAAGUUUGUAUAAAAUUAGGUAGGAUCACUAUACCUCCUAGAAUCGCAUUUUGGUUAACACUUCAACACCCUUCCAAAACCGAACAAGAUCGUGCGAAAGCAAUCUUAAUGUCCAAAGAUAAUGGUGUCAAGUUCUUAAAAGGAGGUUGGAGAGAUGAACCCAACGCUUCUACUUUAGGCAAUGAUAUUUACUUUGAGGAUAGUGAGGAUAAUUGGGUAAAAGAGGGGAAUGAAAAUAUGGAAAUGGUCGUUAGAGGUUUGUCUGGAUUCUAA